AUGACAGAGAAACUCAUCACUUCCCGCCGCGAGUACGAGCGAACAACUGGCCAUGUCGAAGCUUUCUUAUUAGAAGUAGCCGCCAGACAGUCCUCAGCGAAGGAGAUGAGUGACUUGCUGGACAUAAGCCGACCUGAUAUCGAAGAACUUCGUUCGAUGAAAGAGUCGCUCAAGCGGGAGAAAAGAACAUCUCAUCACGAAUCAGCUGUUGAACCAAGUUUCUGGAAUGAAAACAGGCAUCAGCGAUGCUGCCGCUGCCUGGAAGAGCUGCGACAAAGUCAUCAAUAA